AGAGGCCGAGGCCUGCCGCGUCCCCAUUGGUUCUCCCGGACAAAACAUCAUCUCCUGGAGCUUAGUCAUUUCCUGAGCUCAGCUGCAGCGAGGAGGGGCGUCACCAUGAUAAAACGGGCGGCGGCUGCUGCGAUCGGAGGAGCCGUGGCCGUGGGGGCUGUGCCGCUGGUGCUGGGCGCCGUGGGCUUCACCGGGGCAGGGAUCGCAGCCUCUUCCUUAGCGGCCAAGAUGAUGUCAGCGGCCGCCAUGGCCAAUGGGGGUGGAGUUGCCGCCGGCAGCCUGGUGGCCACUCUCCAGUCCGUGGGGGCAGCCGGACUCUCCACCUCAUCCAACAUCCUCCUGGGCUCCGUUGGAUCAGCUUUUGGGGCUUUGCUUGGAGGUACAAAAAAGGCACCUCCUUCCUCUCCUCCAGCUGGACCCAGAGCUGAAGGGGACCAGCCAGGAGAAAAUGUACCCCAAGUCCAACCUCCAAAACCCCCACGCAUGUCAGAGAAGCAUGAGAAAUAAAGAUCCUCUGCA